AUGCUGGCAGUGUUGCUGGUGUUACUGCAGUUGCCUUGCAGCGCGCGGGCCUUCCGCGUGAUCAACUCGUCGACGGACCCGCUUAUUGGCACGCACGCGGUGUUUGAGCCUUAUGCUGCGGGCUACGUGGGCUACUACGGCGACCCGAGCAACCCGUCGGCCGAGCGACUGAACGAAGGCUCGCCCUACUCGCCCGACACGCCGCGGAUCUUCUUCAGCGCGCCGCUGCAGCAGGCGUGUCCUGGCAUGGUGGGGCCCGGACGCAACGGCGACUACUACUGCUUCAGCCGCGAGUACGGCUACUGCGACCGACGCAGUGGGCUGUGCGUGUGCAACCAGGGGUACACGGGGCUGGACUGCACGGCGUGUUUGCCGGGCUACUUUAAGCAGGGCGGACUGUGCUUUGCCAAGAGUGACUGUCCGAAUGACUGCUCGCGUGGGGGCGAGUGUGACUAUGCUACGGGUGUAUGUACCUGCGACCCAACUCGACGCGGAGCAGACUGUUCCCAGCGCUUCUGCGCCUUUGACGAGAAGUGCGUGAGCUGCUCCAGCACUACGUGUCUGCGCUGCGUGGAAGGGUUUUCAGUAGAUCCAGCUACACAGACUUGUGUUGUAGUGUCUUGCGCGCGAUAUGAUCCGCGAUGUCUCUCUUGCAGUUCUUCGCGCUGCCUCACGUGCGCGGAUCUGCAGCUCAACUCGGUGCGUCGCAGCGGCGCGCGCAGCAUCGACCAGCCUCUUCCUGACGACGAGCAGGUGCGAGAGUUCUCGCAAACGUUUGUGUACGGCAGCCAAGACCCGCGAGUUUUCGACGAAGCUGAGCCCUUCACGGUAGUUCCAGCGUCCUACACUCUAUCACCGCUCAACGAGAGCAGUCUCGCCUGUACACAGGGCGGAAAUGCUGACGCUGGGUGGUCUUGCUCCGCCUACUCCGAGUCGCACCGUGUGUGCGGUCACCGAGGGGUUUUCUCGUUCGUGUCGCCGCUCUACGCGAUUGCUGAAGCUGCCGGGGAUAUCACUAUUACGGUGCAGCGGUCUGGAGGGGGCCUUGGGCGCGCCGCGCUGCUGUAUGAUCUAGAGCACGUGACCACCACAGCUGGAGACGUAUCUCCCUCCAUGUUUUACACGAGUUCGCAGAAGCUGGAGUUCGCCCCGGGGGUCAUAACACUUGCUUUCAAGCUGCAGAUUCAUGAUGACCACGUGUUGGAGAGCAACAAGACGUUCCGACUUCACCUUCGACAACCGUUUACUCCAACAGACUUGUUCGACGUAGCGCCAGCAACUCUAGGAAAUCAGAGACGCACUCUUGUCACCAUUUUGGAUGACGAUGCACCUCGCCCUGUCGCGAAUUUAUCACGCGUCGUUAGUCCUGAGACUACGCUGAUGCUAGGUGGAGCUGCUGGGGAUCAGCUCACUUUCCAGAUUCAGAGCGUACUAGGAAAUGGAGUUCCUGGUGUGGAUCCGGCCAAUGAAGCUGUCUUUCUGAUGACGUCGUACAUCGAGGAAGACGAUUCCAGUAGUGCGGCUGCGGUGUUUCGUACACUUCGACUUGAAACUGUGGUUUCGAGUGGAGCGGUGGAUGUUUCGUUGUUCACGUGUACAUGGCUGCGGGAACGCGCAGGUAAUUAUUCGGUUGCAGUUCAAUUGUUGUACCCUGGUGGUCUACGCGGUGAGUACUUUGCUGAUGCAUGGCUGGGAGAAACAUUUGAUUCGAGUUUACCAGCUUCUCCUACAAUAUCGCGGAUUGAUCGUCAUGUAAACUUCACGUGGAAUACUGGACCCGCAUUUCCUGGGGCACAAAGCCAUUAUUCAGUCCGGUGGAGUGGCUGGUUGAAGUCACUAACCACGAGCACGGCAAUGCUAGGAGUGUCUAUCGUUGGAUAUGCACGCUUAUGGAUCGACGAUGUGUUAAUUAUUGAUCGUUGGGGUGCUGGCGGUGAAACAAAUGACGGUUUGCCGGUUGUUAGAGCUGCAGCGGGAGUGGACCUGAAUAGUGCGCGUUUCCAUUCUUUGGUCUUAGAGUACCGAGCACCAAGACAGGGGGAGGUUUACGUGCGAUUGUUGUGGGGAAGUGUUGGGAGCACGAAGCUGGAAGUCAUCCCCAUGCAGCAGCUUUAUUCAGGCAGCCACAUCCAGGGCUCUCCGUUUACAAACGUCCUAUUGACGCCGGCUUUGACAGCAAAAACGGCAUUAUCCACCUCUACCUUGCGGAAUGACAGAUCAACGGCCUCUCCAGCUUUCCAGGUCGUUGCGGGCGACUCACUCGCCUUCAGCGUCUUGCCGCGUGAUGCAUACGGCAAUCGACGGCGUGCAAUCGAUCAGCAUGGCACCCAGCGCGACGUAAUUGCGGCAGCCUUAACUUUGACAACCGACCGAAGCGUAGGCGGUGUGGGCACCAAGAUUGAAGACGCUUUAGUUUCGUGGAGCUCGAACUUGGAUGUAUUUCGCGUGGUGGCGAGGCCGCAGCGCAGUGGGGACUAUUCUAUGAGCGUGAAAGUCAACAGCUAUACUUUGGCAGCAAGCCCCUUCACAGUGACAGUGAUACCUGGCCAGAUAAACCCUGCGCGGUCCGUGCUGUCUGGGUCGGGUCUCCUUGCUGGUCGUGUAGCAGGGCAAGCUGUGAAUGUGGCCCUCGUGACUCGAGAUCUGUACGCUAACCGCAUCUACGCGGGUGGGCUGACUCACCUGAAACUGCAGGCCUCCCUCUCGUCCAGCACUGUUCCGAUCGUGGUAACAGCUCAAGUUGUCGACAAUGUAGAUGGCACGUACAAGUUCACGUACACGCCUCGUGUGAUUGGUAGCUACAGCGUUGCAGUGAUGUGGAAGGGGGCUCACUUGCACAACAGUCCGUACAUAAUAACAGUCGUGCCCAGUACUCCCGUGGGGCCAACGAGCAGUGCCCAGGGUCCAGGCAUCACUGCUGCUCAGACAAAUGUGCAAACUUCAUUUGAAGUGACAACUCGUGACUCUUCUGGAAAUGCUGUUCCCACUGGUGGCGUGGCUGCAGCGCUGACUGUGGUUCUCGAGCAUCCAGACAAGGGCAACGUCAGUGGGAAUGCUUGCACGGAUCUUCUCAAUGGACACUACACCUGUAUGUACACUCCUCGCUACGUUGGAGUAACACGGCUGCAUGUGACGCUCUCCCAGCUAGCAAUAGUCGGAAGCCCGUUCCUUGUUAACGUCACUGCAGGACCAGCACUGGGCUCACGUUGUGUGGCAUCCGGGGACGCGCUGGUUUCGGCUGUUGCGGGGCAACGAACAAACUUCACGAUCAGCAUCUACGAUGCGUUCGGAAAUCCCAAGGCAAACGCUGGUAGUGAAACUAUCAGCGUGACGUUUACUGGUCCAGGAGCGCUUACAUCUACUGUAAAUGCUGCUGUGGGGGCGACAUAUACCGGUGGAGGAACGUUUGUUGUGGCGUAUACAUUGAACCUCAAAGGCGCGUACAAGAUUGGCGUGGCCGUGGAUGGGGUAGCCGUCAUUUCAAGUCCAUUUACGAUGUACACGUACCCUGCGUUAGCCUCAGUCGGUACCACAUCGCUGGAUCUGCUCUCACCUGCGAUUCCAAAGUUGCAGACCGACCCCCCUGUGGUGUUCAUAGCUGGCUCACUCAUUGUAGCUCGACUCACCACGCGUGAUGUUUUCGGAAACGUACUGGAGACCGGUGGCAAUCGCUUCCAGCUUGACGAUAUCGUGCGUACAUUCCUGGACGCACCAAUCGCUGACGAGAAGAACGGCAGCUACUUGGUAACGUUGAGACCGACUCGCAGCAUUCUGUUUCCAUUCACCCCAAAGUUGAUGGUGCCAGGAGGGUUGAAUGGGUCAUACUACGCUGCCAGUAAUGUGCCCGUGGGUACUGCUACUGCUGACUCAACCUCAGGUCACUCUUUGAUGGCCCUGAAGCGGAUUGAUCCGUCCAUUAACAUCAACUUUGGCGAGAGCCCUCCGCAGCUCACGCAGUCGGCCGAAACUUUCAGUGUCCGAUGGAAUGGCUUCCUGCUUCCUCGUUACAGCGAAAUUUACACGUUUGAAGUGGACGUCUUGGGUCUCGCCAGCCUGCGAGUUGGCAACUCUUCAGCAGUUGUGCAACCCGGAGAGACGAACACAUUUCUCCAGGUGCCAUUGAUAGCACAAAACUUCCUGGACAUCGAGCUCAACUUUUCCAAGCCGACGGAGAUACCGAACGCUACCGUGUACUUGUGGUGGAGUAGUCUUUCUCAGUCACGUGAGAUCGUACCGUCAUCGCAGGUCUUUACUUCGUGUAGAAUCGUCAACAACGUGCCACCACUCGAUAUCAAGCCGGCUAUAGCUGACCCCACCAAGUUCACUCCAGAGUUUGCCAGCUCGUCGCUAGUCAUAGGCAAAGCAGCAGUGCAAGCUGUGGUCGAUGUAUCGUUCAUCUUCACAGUCGUCACACGCGACGCCUUCAGCAACAAACUCGGGGGUGAAGACUACUGCACACUGUACGUGCUACUUCCUCAGGUGCCAAGUGGAAGCACACAGCCAGAUGUGUCGAUUACGGAUCUCCUCGAUGGUUCGUACAGGGUCAAUCUUGUCCCUCAUUUGACUGGGACAUUUUCGUUGUACGUUGCUGCGCUUCCUGAUGCGAAGAAAUCGAGUGCUCCAUCGGGUGGUGACGCUCUUGUGACAUUCUUGAGCCCGUAUAACAUCAAGGGCAGUCCGUUCAGUCUCCAAGUUGACCCUGGGCUGCCAAGCUCGGUGACUUCCACUCUCGUGGGUGGUGGCUACGUCUCAACAACCGCUGGAGUUCCCACCUCAUUUAUCCUGGAGCUACGUGAUGGCAGUACCAGCCGGCUCACGGCCUCCAUGGUGUUUUCCUUCCUGGGAAAAGUUCGGGUCAAGCUCAGAAGUAUGUCCACUGGCGCGGAGGUGUCGGCGACAUUGGCUCAAAUGGAUCAAAGCUUCUUGUCUGCUCAAGACGUUCGCGUAACAUACACCACCACCGUUUCCGGGCUGCAAGCCGUAUUGUUGAGUGUGGAUGGAGGCAUGUCAUUUGCACAGAAGACGACAACGCUUCGUGUGUUCCCCAAUGUCGCCACUGCAGCCACCUCCUUCGUGUCACCUAAUGGCGCUGGAGUGGCGGCAACAGGAGCAGGCUUGGGGCCCCAGAUCUACACGAAACAGAGCUACACUUACCACGUCACUGUCCGUGAUGCGUUCGGCAACAUUCGCGACAGCGGCGGCGAUCUCCUUGUUGCACGCGUCCACGGCCCUGACAGCUCGAUUGGAAACAUCACAGAUCUAGGCAACGGAGACUACGUCGUGACGUACCGCACCAUGCUCCCUGGGGCAUAUGAGAUCGAGACACGAGUGGCCGAGCCUGAACGCGGGCUAACGGGGUACUAUUACGUUGACUCGAGAUCCGUUCAAAGAAACUUGGCGAGUGCUGUGCGCACUGUCGACGCCGUGAUCGACUUUGACUGGAGCAAGAACGUCAGUAUGAGAGGCUAUCCGCGCGUUGUUUGGCGAGGUUUCCUCCGUCCGCUGUACACCGAGGAGUACACGCUGUGGUUGAAAACCCAAAGUGACGUCGGCAGUGCCGCUGGUAUCUACAUCGACGGCCAGACAGUAAUCGACGGCUUGAACACUGGUGCGACGUCCGGACGUAUCGUUCUAAUCAGCGGACGACUCCACGCCAUCACCGUCGAGUACCGCAGUGCCUCGCUUCAGCACGAUCCAGGAUAUCUAUCCUUGUUCUGGCAGAGCGUGCACCAAACCGCUCAACUCAUUCCAACGCAGGCUUUAAUCUCGGACGCCUCGGAGGUCCUACCUCGAACGCAGUUAGCAGCCGUUAAUUAAUACCAAACAAAACCAUGUCAUCCCCUUCAUCACUGCCCCAACGGAGGCUUAAACGGCCGGUCCCUCCCGCCGAAGCGCAGUUGUCCGGACUCCUUCCGCCCUCCGAGUCCUCCGCCAAGACGUCGAGGUUUCCACCCUUUCAUGACUCGACUGCGCUCAAAGUCCACCAAAAUUGUGGCCCCGUCGAUCACCUUGCGAUGCGCCUGCUUGUACGCUCGUUCGAAGCCCCUCUCGUGCUCGAACUCCACGAACGCGUAGCCCUUGGACUUGUCGGUCGCUUUGUCCCGAACGAGGCGCAGACACCGAAUGGCCCCGUACUGGCUGAAAACCUCUCGGAGCGUCUCCUCCGUCGUGUCGAAGCUCAGUCUGGCGACAAAAAGCGUCGAGUACGGGUCGCCCUGGAUCUGUGGGUCCUUGGACGCGUCGAACCGCGCCUUCAUGGCCCGCACCAAGCCAUUGUCGUGCGGAGUCGUGUCCGUGCCGUCGAUGCUGCCGAUCUGCACGGGGUCGUACUCCUCCGCGAACCAGCCACGGCGACUGGGAGGCUGCCUGGGGCGCGGUUCAUGGCGUGCGUAGUCCCUCCUGUCGCGACUUCGACUCCGACUCCU